GGUCCUCGGGAGCGCGCCCCCCCUGGCCGAGGAAGGUGAGCGAGUGUCUGGAGGGGAGGACUCGGGAGCGCGACCAGCCGAGGGAUCGAUCGGAUUAAACUCGAUUUGAGUGAAAUUAACACAAAGGAGAGAAGAGCAACGCACACUAGUCGGCGAGGUCGCGGAUGCGAGACACGCCGGAGAAAUAUUUCAUGAAAAACAAACUUGAACUUUUUUCCCCUGUUUAUUUAUAUUUCAAACGAAAAGGGACCACGGAGGAUUUUUUUUUCAAGCAAGCGGAGAUACUAACCGUACUAACGAGGAGUUGAUUUGAUAAAAGCCCGAAGUGACCGAGCUUGUUGGGAACCUUAAUGAGGGCCAUGGAGUAGCAAGCUUCAAAUUAGCAGCUAGCUGAUUAGCUCCUCACUGCACAACACACCUCCCUUCAUCCAGUCCCCUCCAUCUGUGGGACCUCGCCCCGCCAUGGCGGACCCAGGGAUGUUGAGUUUAUUCGGGGACGAUGCAGGGCUGUUCUCAGAUGGAUUAGAUGGUUUAGGAGACUGCUUUCCUCAGCAGCCUACCCCUGCCCAGUCCAACCCGCUAACCCAGCAGACUAAUCCCUCUCUGAACCAUGAGCACCAGGGAAACAGGGGCUACCACCAGGGUAUGAUCCACGGCGCUGGGCCCGGCCCAGGGCAGCCUAAAUUAGGGCAAAUGUACGACCACGGCCCCUACACAGGCUAUGAUCAACCUGGUGCCCCCGGAGGACGAAUGAUGGCCCAGAAUGGACCCAGCCAGGGGCCGCCAAACGUAAACACGGCCAUGAAUGGCAUGGCUUCCCACUACCAUAAUAACCCAGCUAACUCUAGCAACCCCCACCAUGGUUACCCGGGUGAUGCGGGGGGAGGAGGAAGUGGAGGGGGAGUUUGGGGGCAGCAACAGCAGAGCAGAUCAACUUAUCAGCAGCCCCCGACACAAGCUGGGGGCUGCCCCACCCAGAUGGGAGGCUACCAGAUGUCUCAAGGCAACUAUGGUGGGAUGCAGGGUCCACCUACACCCAGUGCAGCUCGCAUUAACCAACACUACCCUCCACAGAGCAUGGCACCCCCUCCUGCUCAGGACCCAUCUCACUACCUGGGACAUGUUGGAAUGGGGGGGGGCCAAAUGAGACACCCCCAACCCCAGACACAAGCCCAGGGCUAUCCCAACAUGGGCCACACACCCCGAUAUCCACACUCCCCCUCCCGACAGCCUCCACACCCCCACCCGCACCAACAGGGCAUGGGGGGGUUUGGGGGUGGCCAGUACUCUGGCUAUCAGGCCCAGUAUGGAGCCAUGGGACCUGGGAUUGGCCAGAGUGCUAAUGCUAAUGUCACUGCUAACACCAGCCAGGCCAUGGGACCAGGGCAGCUUGGCCAGAGGUUCAACCAGGGAUCAGGCCCUGCAGCCGGGCAACAGGGGCAGCGAUACCCCCCUGGACCACAACACCAACCCCAGCCCCAUCAGACCCAUUCUGCCCCGAUGCAGCAAAAGGCAGGGCAGCAGGGCCAGCCUAUGCACCCCUUAAACCACCCCCAACACCCCCAGAAUCUGCCCCAGCCCCAAAACCAGCCCCAGUCCCACCUUGCCCCCCCAGCUCAGGGAUCUUACCCCUCCCCCCCAUCCAUGUCACCCAUGCGGGUUUUAGGAACCCCAACACCUCCUCCCCAACAGGGAAGACCUCCUAGCGCAGGACUAGCUGGACCCCCAGAGGUUGCAGGGUACACAGCCCUGCAGUCCCCACCCAAUGCUAUGGCUCAUCCACAGAGAACUCCCCAAACCCCUCUGUCUGCCCCACACCCCCAACACCAGCAGCCCCACAACAUACCCCCGAAUGCAGGCCCAAUGUAUACCAGCAUGGGGCCACAGCGUAGUCCACAAAUUGGUCCAAAUAGGCCUCAGCUCCAGCAACAGCAAGGGCCUCAUGAAGCUCCAGUCAGCCAGGGGGGAGACCAGCAUCUGCUCCAGGCCCAGCAGCAGGCCUCUCGAAGCGGGCAGCCCCUGCAGCCGGCUCCUAUGGGUUUCCAGAGUCCGCCUGUCAAUCAACAUGGAGUUCCGGCCCCAAACCAGGGCUUAGCACCGCAAGCCCAGAACGCUCAGCCGCAGCACACGCACUUGCCCCCCCACCCCCAGCACCUGCAGAGCACGCCCCCACCCCCCAAUCAGGCCUCCCACCCAUGGGCACCUCUGCCUCAUGCCUCCCACCCGCUCUCCUCACCCCCUCUCACCCCACAGAAAGUGCCUCACGUACAGCAUUCCCCCACCGACCCGUCAGGUGAUGCCUCAACGAUGGUUCCUGACAGGCAGACAGUCGGUGCCGGUGCCCCCGGCCAGCCUAUCAGCACAGAGCAGCCCAGCGACCAGGAGAUGAAGCCAAAAAAGAAGAGGAAGAAGAAAGCAAAAGUAGUGGAUGGAGAGGAACAAGAGGGAGGGAAGAAGGCAGCAAGAGAAGGCGCAAGAGGUGAGGAAGACGUCAUGUCAGAAUUUCCCGGAACAGGAAGUGAUGCAGGUGAACUAGUUACUGUCACAGGAAUUGUAGAGGGAAGUUCACCUCCGGUGGAGGAGAAGAAAAAGCGGAAAAAGAAACCAAAGGAGAAGGCAGAGGGCAAGGACCCCAAAGAGCCUAAGACCCCGAAGACACCCAAAACACCCAAGACCCCCAAAGAGCCCAAGGAGAAGAAAACCAAGAGUUCCACGCCCAAGACCAAGACCCCCAAGAAAACCAGCAGUAAGAAGGUUGAGUCCGAGGGCGGGGCUAGCGCUGCUAAGAAGGAUCCCAAGAGGAAGAGAGAGUCGUCAGUCAGCGACGAUGUGGAGGUGAAGUCUCCACCCCCCUCACCUCCUGAAGAUGACGAUGACGACGGUGUACAGAAGCGUCGUUCCAGCCGUCAGGUGAAGAGGAAGAGGUACACAGAGGAUCUGGAGUUUAGAAUCUCAGAGGACGAUGACAGCGGAGACGACUCACCAGCACCUAAGUCCCCAUCGUCACAACAGCAGGAUGUGGCCGAGACUGAGGGGCCCGUUGUGGAGAAGAUCAUGGGCUUCCGCACCACCAAGAAAGAGAGGGAGUCAGGGGAGGAAGUGGAGGUGGAGGAGUUCUAUGUCAAGUUCAAGGGCUUUUCGUACCUCCACUGUCGCUGGGCAGACCUGGAGGAGCUGGAGAAGGACAAGAGAAUACACCAGAAGGUCAAGAGGUUUAAGGCCAAGCAACAACUCAACAGCUUCAUAACUGAGAUGGAUGAUGAGCCUUUUAACCCAGACUAUGUGGAGGUGGACCGUGUCCUGGACGUUUCAGAGAGCACAGAUGAAAACGGAGAGACGGUGACCUUAUAUUUGGUGAAAUGGUGCAGUCUACCCUACGAAGACUCCACCUGGGAGCUGAAGGCCGACAUCGACCAGUCCAAGAUAGAGGAAUAUGAACGCAUCGCAGCACGCACACCCAACACUAAGAGAGUGGAUCGGCCUCCUGCAGCCGACUGGAAAAAGCUGGAAGGCUCCAGGGAAUACAGGAAUGGCAACGCACUCAGGGAAUACCAGCUAGAAGGCCUCAACUGGCUAACCUUCAACUGGUACAACUCACGUAACUGUAUCUUGGCUGAUGAGAUGGGUCUAGGAAAGACCAUCCAGUCCAUUACAUUCCUCUAUGAGAUUUACAUGAAGGGCAUUGAGGGGCCAUUCCUGGUCAUUGCCCCACUCUCCACCAUCCCCAACUGGGAGAGAGAGUUCAGGACCUGGACCGAGCUCAACGCGGUGGUCUACCACGGCAGCCAGGCCAGCCGCAAGACCAUCCAGGCCUACGAGAUGUACUACAGAGACGCACAGGGUAAGAUAAUAAAGGGAGUAUAUCGGUUCCAUGCGGUGAUAACAACCUUUGAGAUGAUUCUGGCUGACUGUCCUGAGCUUCGCAGCGUGCCGUGGCGGUGUGUGGUGAUAGACGAAGCCCACCGCUUAAAAAACCGAAACUGCAAACUACUGGAAGGACUCAAAAUGAUGGACAUGGAGCACAAAGUUCUGUUGACUGGAACUCCUCUCCAGAACACCGUGGAGGAGCUAUUCAGCUUACUCAAUUUUCUGGAGCCCGAGCGAUUCCCGUCUGAACAGACAUUCAUGACUGAAUUUGGAGACCUUAAGACUGAAGAACAGGUUCAGAAACUGCAAGGCAUUCUGAAACCCAUGAUGUUGAGAAGACUAAAGGAGGACGUGGAGAAGAACCUGGCCCCUAAGGAGGAGACCAUCAUUGAGGUGGAGCUGACCAACAUUCAGAAGAAGUACUAUCGGGCCAUUCUGGAGAAGAAUUUCUCCUUCCUGUCCAAAGGAGGUGCAGGAGUCGGUGGAGGCGGAGGAUCCAGUGUCCCCAACCUCCUCAACACCAUGAUGGAGCUGAGAAAAUGCUGCAACCACCCCUACCUCAUUAAUGGAGCGGAAGAGAAGAUCGCAGAGGAGUUUCGGGACUCCCACGGAGGCAGGGCAGACAUGCCGGACAUGGCCCUCCAAGCCAUGAUCCAGGCUGCUGGCAAGCUGGUGCUCAUUGACAAGCUGCUGCCCAAACUGAAGGCCGGCGGACACAGAGUCCUGGUGUUCAGUCAGAUGGUCCGCUGUCUGGACAUCCUGGAGGACUACCUCAUCCAGAAACGAUAUCCUUAUGAACGUAUAGACGGCAGAGUGCGUGGUAACCUGCGGCAGGCAGCCAUCGACCGGUUCUCCAGACCGGACUCGGACCGUUUUGUCUUCCUUCUGUGUACAAGAGCUGGAGGACUCGGCAUCAACCUGACUGCAGCAGAUACCUGCAUCAUCUUUGACUCUGACUGGAACCCUCAGAACGACCUGCAGGCCCAGGCCAGGUGUCAUCGUAUCGGCCAGUCCAAGGCGGUCAAGAUCUACCGUCUGAUCACCAGGAACAGCUACGAGAGGGAGAUGUUCGACAAGGCCAGUCUGAAGCUAGGGCUCGACAAGGCCGUCCUCCAGAGCAUGAGUGGACGAGAAAACGCCAACAGCGGGGUCCAGCAAUUGUCCAAGAAGGAGAUUGAGGACCUGCUGAGAAAGGGAGCAUACGGAGCUCUAAUGGACGAGGAAGACGAAGGCUCAAAAUUCUGUGAGGAGGACAUCGACCAGAUCCUCCAGAGACGAACCCACACCAUCACCAUAGAGUCUGAGGGCAAGGGCUCUACCUUUGCUAAGGCCAGUUUUGUUGCAACAGGUAACCGAACAGACAUUUCUCUGGAGGAUCCAGACUUCUGGCAGAAAUGGGCCAAGAAGGCCGAGCUGGACCUCGACGCCAUCAAUGGACGGAACACGCUGGUGAUCGACACACCAAGGGUGAGGAAGCAGACGCGGCACUACAGCAGCGUCAAAGAGGACGAGAUGCUGGAGUUUUCUGAGCUGGAGAGCGACGAGGACGAACCGAGCAAACCCUCAUCCAAACCACGACGGCCCCAGGACAAAACCCAGGGCUACCCCAGAUCUGAGUGCUUCAGAGUGGAGAAAAACCUGCUGGUCUAUGGUUGGGGUAGGUGGAAUGACAUCCUGGCUCAUGGUCGCUUCAAGCGUCCCCUGAAGGAGGCCGAUGUGGAAACAAUCUGCCGAGCCCUACUGGCCUACUGCCUGCUGCAUUACCGUGGUGACGAGAACAUCAAGAGCUUCAUCUGGGACCUGAUCACCCCAAGUGAAGACGGGACCACCAAGACGCUGACCAACCACUCUGGUCUCUCCACCCCAGUCCCUCGGGGCAGGAAGGGCAAGAAGGGAAAGCCCCCGGCCCCGCCUCCACAGACUCCACGAGCUGAUUGGCUGGCCAGCUGCAAUCCCGACCACUUAUUGCAAGAGGAUAGCUACAAGAGACACCUGAAACAUCACUGUAACAAGGUAUUGCUGAGGGUGAGGAUGCUGUAUUAUCUGCGACAGGAAGUCAUAGGCGACCAGGCCGAGCGCAUCCUGGAAGGAGCCGACUCCAGUGAGCUGGAUAUCUGGAUUCCCCAGCCGUUCCAUGCUGAGGUCCCAGCCGACUGGUGGGACAGCGAGGCCGACAAAUCCCUGCUCAUCGGCGUCUUCAAACACGGCUAUGAGAAGUACAACUCGAUGCGAGCUGACCCCGCCCUGUGUUUCUUGGAGAGGGUGGGCAUGCCGGACGCCAAGGCUAUGGCCGCUGAGCAGAGAGGCUCCGACAUGAUGGCAGAUGGCGCAGAGGGUGAGGAUGAGGAUCCAGAGUACAAGCCACUGCGAAUGCCUUUUAAAGAUGACAUGGACGACUUCACCAACUCGCCACUGGAUGACAAAGAUGACACUGUGGAAGGUGAAGCUGAAGCUAAAUCAGGUGAAAACGGUCAAAGUGUGACUGCGGGGGGCGGAGCCUCAGGCUCUAUCGAGAGACUCUAUUGGCCAGCAGCCUCAGCUCUGACUGCCCGUCUGCGUCGCCUCAUCACGGCCUACCAGCGCUCCAACCGCAGAGAGCAGCUCCGCCAGGAGGCCCUCAGCCGGCCUGAUGGUCGCAGAAGACGACGCAGGGAGUUCCUGCCUUCCAUUGCCAUGGUUACCGAUACAGGAGGUGGGGCAACUUACAUCCAAGAUGGAGCAGGGGUGUUCAUGACAGAAGGAAGCCCCUAUCUGGCUAAAGGAAGUGCUUACUUUGCUAAAGGUGGACAGUUCAUGCCAGAGGCGUCACCAGUAAUGACCGCCAGCUCCCUGAUGGCUGAUGGAGCCAUGUACUACAAAGAGAGAAGACAAAGAUGGACUCGUCGUGAGGAGGCUGAUUUCUACCGUGUAGUGUCCACCUUCGGAGUCGUCUUUGACACCCAGCGUCAGAAAUUUGAUUGGACACAGUUCAGGGCCUUUGCUCGACUGGACAAGAAAACAGAUGAAAGCUUGGAGAAAUAUUACUACUCAUUCAUUGCCAUGUGUAAACGGGUCUGCAGAAUGCAGGUCAAGACUGAAACAGAACUCCCAGACCCAACCCUAAUCAUUGACCCAAUCACAGAGGAGCGUGCCUCUCGCACCCUGUACCGCAUCGAGCUGCUCCGCCGCAUCAGAGAGCAGGUUCUCCCACACCCGCUGAUCUCUGAGCGCCUCAAGCUCUGCCAGCCCUCCCCAGACCUCCCGGAGUGGUGGGAGUGUGGCCGCCACGACCGGGACCUUCUCCUGGGGGCCUCUAAGCAUGGCGUGAGCCGGACAGAUUAUCACAUCUUAAACGACCCUACCUUGGCUUUUUUGGAGGCCCACCAGCGCUUUACCAGCCAGCGAGGGUCUGGCGUCGGAAUGGGUGCCCAGGGAGAGAUCACGAAAGCUGGGAUGGGAGCAGCGGAAAGCGCUCCUGCACCACUCCUCACACCCGCAGAGCUGGCGAGUGCUGCAGCUGCUGCCAAAAUUGCUGUUAAUGUAGUUAAAGAUGAGGAGGGAGAAGGGAAGGAGGUGAAGACUGAGGAAGGCAAAGCAGAGAUGGCGGUGAAAAUGGAAACAGAGGGAGGAGAUGCCAAUGACAUUCCAUGUACCAAGACUGAAACUCCUGAUGAACAGAAGGAAAAUGAAGGAGAGGUAAGACAAGAGAAAGAUGAAACCGCUGCUCCACCAAGGAAGGAGGUGAAGAAAGAGGAGGCGGCCCAGCCAAAAGUAGAAAAAGAGGAGCUUAGUGGAGAAGGAGAGAAGACUUCCAAGCCAGCAGAUGACAAAGACUUUACAGAAGAGAAGAAGAGUUUGACUCUCGGGGACCAGAAGGAGAUGACCACUGAGCUCCCAGAACAUCCUGACUACUCUCCUAAAGCACAACAAGGCCACAAGACUGCAGCAGAGGAUGACAGAGAGGAGAGGGAGAACCCAGAAUCUCCUAAAUCUCCAAAGUCAGCUGACACAGAGAAAAGCCCAGAGGAGGAAGAGGAAGAGAGGAUGGAUGAAGACGACAAAUCAGAGAAAUCCUCUCAGGCUGAAGCGAGUGCUGCAUCAGAGCAGAAGAACUUUGAUGAGGAGAGUAUCGCGUCUCUGAGCACAUCGGCCCAAAACGAAACCAGAGAUGGGUUCUGCCCCGACGAUCUACCGGAAACUUCAGCGCUACAGGCCUUACAGGACCGCGCCUACGGCUUCUCAUUCUGGCCCAAGGAUCGAGUAAUGAUCAACAGGAUGGAUAACAUCUGUGAGGCCGUCCUGAAGGGCAAGUGGCCUGUCAACAGACGCCAUAUCUUUGACUUCCCCAGCAACCUGUUGCCAGGGCAUGGCUCCACGGUAACCACAGCGGCUGUAGCCACAGCGACCGAGGCCCCACUGCAGAGGCGGAGUCUGGCUGAGUUGACGAUGGCCGGUAUCCAUACACCUUACAGUGGGAGUGAAGAUAAAACACUAUCGCCACAGGUUCAUGAGGACGCUCUGAGCCUGACAGUGCCUCGGCAGAGGAGGAGGAGGAGGAGGAAGAUCGAGAUUGAGGCUGAGAGGGCAGUCAAGAGACGCAACCUAAUGGAGAUGGUGGCUCAGCUGAGAGAAAGCCACGCUGCUGCCGAGUCCCAGAGCCAGGCUAUAGACCUCACCAAGGGUAUACACUAUCACCACAAGGCCUCUCCCUCAUUGGCCAGCUUCCCCAGUGCCCUGGUGACAAGCCCCUCCCUCAAAGCCCAGAUGGAGUUGCUGCAGCAAGCCCCACCCUCUGGACACAGAUCCAACGGUUCACUGGAGGCUGACCUGCCCAUCAUGAGGAGAAGGCGGGGCCGCAGGAAAAAUGUGGAGGGCCUGGAGCUGCUGUUCAUGGGCAACAAGAGAGCAGGAGGGGAUGAUGCUGAGGAGACGAAGGUUUCAGGUGUGGAGGGGGUUCAGGGUGCUGCCCGUGCCCACAGAACCCUCACUGUCCCUGAGCAGAGCCCCAGUGCCAGAUCUCUUGCCUCCGGCAGUCUGGAGGAGGAAGAAGCAGCAGUUUCCAACAAAGAGCUGGGAGAGUGGCUGAGGCAGCACCCGACAUACACCAUGGACAUGGCUGGAUUCACACCAAAGAGCGAGGAGUUACUGCUGUCUCAGUUUUCUAAGCCCAAGCAGAAGCGCCAUCGCUGUCGAAACCCAAACAAGAUCGACAUCAAUACCCUGACUGGAGAAGAGAGAGUGCCUGUGGUCAACAGACGCAAUGGACGCAAGAUGGGUGGGGCCAUGGCUCCACCAAUGAAGGAGCUUCCCAGAUGGUUACUGGAGAACCCAGAGUUUUCUAUUGCCCCUGAUUGGACAGACAUCGUCAAACAGUCGGGUUUCCUCCCAGAAGCCAUGUUUGACCGCCUUCUGACCGGCCCUGUAGUCAGGGAGGAGGGCGUCCGUCGUCGUGGCCGGAGACCCAAAUCUGAGAUUGCCAAGGCAGCGGCUGCCGCCCAGGCAGCAGCAGCAGCUCAGGCUGCCCAGGCAUCACUGGUCACUGCUGCUUCAUCUGCAGGAGGCAUCAACCCUCUGCUGUUGAACAGUCUGUUUGGAGGGAUGGACCUGUCGUCCAUCCAGAGCCUCCAGUCUCUCCAGUUGGCUGCUGGUCUCAUGGCCUUCCCUCCACCCACCGACCCCAAGCAGGCUGCUGCCAGCGCCGCCGCCGCCUCCAUGCUGCCCCUCAUGCUGCCUGGCAUGGGAGGCCUACCUAACAUGGCCGCCGCCCUCCCCAACAUGUUCAGCCUAGGUGGGCUGUUUAGUGGGAACCUGGCGACGGCCGCUGCAUCCAACUCCACCAUCGCCGCAGCAUCAGGGAACACCAACGGAACGAUGGAGGGAGAGCGUGAUGAGACAGUGACGGCCAAGAGGAAGAAAGAGGGAGAAGAAAAAGAUGGAGAAGACUGUGAUGAGGUGGAACAUGAGGAGGAGGAGGAGGCUGAGGGGAAUGAGGAAGGAGUGAAGAAGGCGAGGAAGAAGAUGGAGAAAGAGGGUGAGGGAGGGGUGGAGAAAAUGGAGAAAUCAGUUAAUGAUGUCACUGCAGCUCCUCAGAUCCAAGCUGCUGAUUCGUCAGCUGAGGCAUCCAUCAACGGUGACGCCGCAGCCCUGUUAGCUGCAGCCGGCAUGUCCGCCAAUUCUCUGGCGUUCAACCCCUUCCUUCUCUCCACCAUGGCCCCCGGUCUCCUCUACCCCUCUAUGUUCCUACCUCCAGGCCUCGGGGGGCUCAGCCUGCCCGGCUUCCCCACCGCCUCCACCCUGGCCGAGCUGCAGAGCGCCAUGGCCGGAGCGCUGGGAGGCAACGCUGUGACCACAAACCCCCCGAGAGAUGAAGAAGAGGAGAAGAAGGGGCUAAAGGCUGCAGAAGAAGAAGAGGAGGAGGACGAGGAGGAGGAAGGAGGAGGAGAGAGUGACUUGGCUGAGGAGAAGGAGGGUGGAGCGGAGGAGGAGACGAGAGGCGAGGAUUCAGCCCUGGAAGAUGGAGGGAUGGGAGGAGAGGAGGAGGCAGCGGCGUCUCCACAGAAGGACAAGAGUGACUGAAAUCAAACACAAAAAUGACUGGCCUUGGACAUUUCCUCACCUCCGACCUCCCCUUCUCCUCCCCCUCGCCACGUUUACACACCUCCACUAGAAGUAUCCAAACUAUUAUGAAUCCUGUUUUCUUUUUUCCUUUACAUUGUUGUUGAUGAUUUCUCUCACUCUUUGUUGUUUAUUUUUUUGGCCAGGUAUAUUUACUAUGCGUCAGAGAGGACGAGGUGUGCGUGUUAAGUUAAAUCUCUCUGAUCGAUAGUGUAGUCAGGGAAAAUCCUCACAGCCGCUCGCUUAGAGCUCGGCUCUUCUUCAAAAAGACUGUUUCUUUCUUUCUCUCUGGUUGGCCUGUGUGCACUGUGAACGGUGCACCCACACUUUUCUCUCCUACAAUCCUUUAAAUACAAGGUUCCAAUAGUACUAUUAUUAUUAUUAUUAUUAUUAUUAUUAUUGCUGAUUUCAGCUCUCAGAUCUUUAUUUUUUAUUUUCGCUUUCUUCGUCUGGACUGUUUUGUUGUUGUUGGUUGUUGGCAGCAUCUCAUCAAAAACAGGAGAAACGCCCGCUGGUGGCGCUUUUUCUAACAUCAGUUCUCAAAAAAAAAAACAGCAUUACAGCUAACCCGGCUGUCUGUCUGACAAAGCUGCUGCAAAAGGAGUUGUGGGAAAUGGAGUUGAUUGAGCUGUUCUGUUUCAGAGCAGGUUUUUAGUUCUCACAUAUCAGACCAGGUCGACUCUGAGGAGGAAAAUGAAACCAGACUGGCCUAAAACUCAGUCUCACACACUGACUACCACAACACACGCAUAUCCCAACACAUACUUGAUCAUUAGCUGCACACUCACACAUUCAGAUGUCCACCACUACACACACACUAACCCCCUAAACCCUCUCUGUUAUGUGACUGUUUCUGGGAGGACUCGUCCCUGCAGCUGCUUUCCUUUUUGAGUGUAUGUGUGUGUGCGCUUGUGCGUGUGUGUGCACACGCUGAACCAAUACUGUUAAACCCAGUCCCACACUGUUUGAAUACCAGUCUUGAGUCUUUCCACUGCCACAUCUGAAUCCUGUGUCUCUCUCUUUUCGAGGCGGCUGGUAUUGGCUCAGAAGUGGCAGGCGGGCUGGGUCUGCCACCAGUCAGGCCUUCUGAUUGGUCCGCUUCAUCUCGCCAAAACCAGCUGUCCCCGUUGGGAGGUUUCUGUGAAUGGAUUUGGAUCGGUGGUCCACACAGGGAUGUGAUGUUUCAGGUUUAUUCUUUAAAUGGGGCACAUGAGAUGGUUGAUUUUUCCCGGUCGCUGCCACAUUAAAAUCCUUUUUUUAUUUUUUAUUUUUUCCCUUCAUAUCCUGGUAGUUUCAGACCAAGUGCUGCUCCCUAGUGACCUUCUCUAUAAAGACUGUUUCUCUAGUCACACACACUGACACCAGGCCUGGCCAAAACAGGACUGAGACAUAUUUUCAACAGAGUUGGAAAUUCACAAGUUUCUAUAUGAAGUUCAACUCUGGUCGCUGAGCAAGUUUUAAAUACUUGAAAAGUGAGAGUUGUGCUUGAUUUGUUUCCAUUUCCGAGGCCAGUUCAAGUGUCUGAGAUAAAUCAAGUGCCGCAAGUGGUUCAAAUAUUUGAAAAUACAUUCAAACACACUGUGUGGACAGGUCUUAUUAACAUUUGCUAUCACAGCCAGCCCAGCAGAUGCAGAGAGAGAGAGAACUGGGACGAAGGGGGAGAGAUCGGUUUUGGCUCUUUGGAAGACACCCUCCUCGUCAAAGACCCUCGUUCUCCUCUCUAAUGCUGAGACAGCAAUAACCAAGGCAGCUUUUGAAUGUUCCAACAUCACUCUCCCAACAUACACACACACUAUAUGAAUAACCACAAGUGUCGUAUGAAUAGAAAAACUAAACUAAACUGUAAAUGAUGACAAAUAAGUACUGCAAUCAAUUUUGUCUCACUCUGUUCCUGUUGAUGCACUGGUGUUAAAGAGUUAAAAUAAUCAGGUACCUUUAUUACUUAGCUACUUUUCUUGAUAAAUGGACUUUUUGUUACUUUUAGCCAGCAAGCUGAAGAGCAUUACCUCAAAAUUCUUAUCUAGCCUUGAAGUUUACAGACAUACCAUGUAAAUGUUUUUUUUCCUCUUUUUUUUUUUUUUUGGUGUUUGUCGUUUUUGUUUUUUGGAGACAUCAUGUAUGAUGAACUGUAGCUAUGAUGCUUUUAAUAAAAGUGAAUCAUGAUAUUCGCCUAGGAAACCAAA